GGCUUCCAGCUGGGCCUAAUCUCCACGUGAAGAUGAGGCUGGGAGACGCCAAGGGUGGCGGGGGCACUUGAGGGCUCGAGUGGCACAUGUUGGGGCUUUGGCCAGAUUCAUUGCUUUGUUACCGAUUCGGAAUCGGUUUCGAUUUCGGUUUCCGCCGCUGUUUGCCGGCAAACAGAGCGCUGGUCAUUGUUUGGCUUGAAGCUGGCAAACAUUGGAGCGUAUAAAUAUGCGGACAAAUUGCGACGAUUAAUCAUUCGACCCAUAGAUUCCAUCGUUAAAGCAAUUAGCUUGGAGAUCUAUAGCAAAAUGAAACUUUUCUUAGCGUGCAUCUUUAUUGCCGCCGCGACGGCUGCAGUGAUUCCUGUCGAACAAGCCAGGCACCGUCGUGACGUCUCCGAGAUCGUGAACGAGUACAUCCCGCCGGCGGAGGAAGUUGGCGCCGAGCUGGCCCAAGACCCCGCCGCCCUGGGAGAAGAUGGAUACCGCUACAAGACCGUGCGCCGCCUGAAACUCCGUCAUCGUCGUGAUGUUUCCGAGAUCGCCAACGAGUACCUGCCCCCCACUGAGGAUGUUGCCACUGAAGCCCCCAUUGAGGAAGCCCCAGUUGAGGAAGCUUCUCAGGAUUCCGCUGUUCUUGCUGCCGAUGGAUACCAGUACAAGACCGUGCGUCGUCUUAAGUACCGCCAGCGCCGCGAUGUUUCCGAGAUUGCCAACGAAUACCUGCCCCCUACCGAAGAGGUGGUUGCUGAUGCCCCAGUUGAGGAGGUUCCCAUUGAGGAAGCCAGCCAGGAUUCCGCUGUUCUUUCUACUGAUGGAUACAAGUACAAGACUGUCCGUCGCCUGAAGCUCCGCCAUCGUCGUGAUGUUUCCGAGAUCGCCAACGAGUACCUGCCUCCUACUGAGGAUGUUGCUACCGAAGCCCCCAUUGAGGAAGCUCCAGUCGAGGCUGCUUCUCAGGAUUCCGCUGUCCUGGCCGCUGAUGGUUAUCAGUACAAGACUGUGCGUCGCCUUAAGUACAGACAGCGCCGCGAUGUCUCCGAGAUUGCCAACGAUUAUCUGCCCCCAACUGAGGAGGUUGUUGCCGAUGCCCCAAUUGAGGAGGUUCCAGUUGAGGAAGCUAGCCAGGAUUCUGCUGUCCUUUCCGCAGAUGGAUACAAAUAUAAGACUGUCCAUCGCCUGAAGUACCGUCAACGUCGGGAUGUUUCCGAAAUCGCCAAUGAGUACCUGCCCCCCACUGAGGAUGUUGCCACUGAAGCCCCCGUUGAGGAAGCCCCAGUUGAAGAAGCUUCUCAGGAUUCCGCUGUUCUGGCCGCCGAUGGUUACCAGUACAAAACCGUGCGUCGCCUGAAGUACCGCCAGCGUCGGGACGUUUCCGAGAUUGCCAACGAAUACCUGCCCCCUACCGAAGAGGUUGUUGCUGAUGCCCCAGUUGAGGAGGUUCCCAUUGAGGAAGCUAGCCAGGAUUCUGCUGUCCUUUCCGCUGAUGGAUACAAGUACAAGACUGUCCGCCGUCUUAAGUACCGUCAGCGUCGUGAUGUUUCCGAGAUUGCCAACGAAUACCUGCCCCCCACCGAAGAGGUUGUUGCUGAUGCCCCAGUUGAGGAGGUUCCCAUUGAGGAAGCUAGCCAAGAUUCUGCUGUCCUUUCCGCUGAUGGAUACAAGUACAAGACUGUCCGUCGCCUGAAGUACCGUCAACGUCGGGAUGUUUCCGAAAUCGCCAAUGAGUACCUGCCCCCCACUGAGGAUGUUGCUACCGAAGCCCCCAUUGAGGAAGCUCCAGUCGAAGCUGCUUCUCAGGAUUCCGCUGUCCUUGCUGCCGAUGGAUACCAAUACAAGACCGUGCGUCGUCUUAAGUACCGUCAACGUCGUGACGUUUCCGAGAUCGCCAACGAAUACUUGCCCCCUUCCGAGGAGGUCGUUACUGAGGCUCCUCUGGAGGAGGCUCCUGUUGAGGAAGCUUCCCAAGACUCCGCUGUUUUGGCCGCCGAUGGAUACCAAUACAAGACCGUGCGUCGCCUGAAGUACCGCCAGCGCCGCGAUGUUUCCGAGAUUGCCAACGAAUACCUGCCCCCAUCUGAGGAGGUUGUUGCCGAUGCCCCAGUUGAGGAGGUUCCAAUUGAGGAAGCUAGCCAGGACUCUGCUGUUCUUUCCGCUGAUGGAUAUAAGUACAAGACUGUCCGCCGCCUGAAGUACCGUCAACGUCGUGAUGUUUCUGAGAUCGCCAACGAAUAUCUGCCUCCUACUGAGGAUGUUGCUACCGAAGCCCCCAUUGAGGAAGUACCAGUCGAGGCUGCUUCUCAGGAUUCCGCUGUUCUUGCUGCCGAUGGAUACCAGUACAAGACCGUGCGCCGCCUUAAGUACCGCCAGCGCCGGGAUGUUUCCGAGAUCGCCAACGAAUACCUGCCCCCUUCCGAGGAGGUCGUCACCGAGGCUCCUCUGGAGGAGGCUCCUGUUGAGGAAGCUUCUCAGGACUCCGCUGUCCUGGCUGCCGAUGGCUACCAGUACAAGACCGUGCGUCGCCUGAAGUACCGCCAGCGCCGCGAUGUCUCCGAGAUUGCCGGCGACUACCUGCCCCCCACCGAGGAGGAGGUGGUGGCUGAUGCGCCCGUCGAGGAAGUGUCCCAGGACUCCGCUGUCCUCGGAGACGAGGGCUACCGGUACAAGACUGUGCGCCGCCUGAAGCUGCGUCAUCGCCGUGCCCUGUAAGACUCGACUGGCGCAAAUCUACCUCAACCUGUACCUGAACAGCUCGUUCACGACUCGAACCACUCACCCCCACCAACCACUAUUAGGCCGUAAGUUUUGCUAUUAUUUAACGAUUGAAAUCAACGAAUAAAUCCAACAAAAAUUGUUAUACCAUAACCCGCUUGUAUUUGUGUUUAUCCGACUCCGGGGAGCCCACUCUGAGGACUGGGCACCUGUUGGGAAUGGGACUUGGACUCGAUUCCAUAAAUUGUGUACCUUUUCGCUUAGUUAUGACAGCAACAGUUAAGCUCAUGGCUCAGCGCACAGGAACGCAAUUAUCCAAAAUCGAGGUGGGUG